AUGCAGCAGCAGCAGAAACUGCAGCAGCAGCAGCAGAAGACGCCGCAGCAGCAGCAGCAGACGCAGCAGCACCAGAAGAUGCUCCGGCGGAUGCAGCAGCAGCAGAUGCUGCAGCAGCAGCAGCAGCAGAAGCUGCAGCAGCAGCAGCAGCAGAAGCUGCUGCAGCAGAAGAUGAAGGAGCAGAGACUGCAGCAACAGAAGAGGAUGACAUAG